UCUUGUUUUCAAUUUUAUUUUAUCUUUUCACGAUCACAAGCAUUAUUUAUUAUACCGAGUGGUCUGGUGCUUUUGUUGACAAAGUUGACAUUUUCAUACACUUAUAGAUUUAAAUAUAAAGUGGCAUAUAUACGAUGAUAAUACAAAAAGUGAUACAGAGACUGAACGGUCACCUUUUGAUCUCCAACAUCAAUCAUAAUUUACCGAUCGUAAACACUAUACGUUAUAAAAGCACUAAUAAUGAUCUCAGCGAACACAAAGCAAAGGUUAUGGCUCGCGGGCUGCCGGAGAAGAAGGCUCUACCUGGCGUUAAAAGUAUAAUAUUGGUUGCAUCUGGUAAAGGAGGCGUCGGAAAAACAACCACAGCUGUGAAUCUCGCAUGUGCAAUGAAGGUGAUAGAGCCUGAUAAGGAGAUAGGACUCUUAGAUGCAGAUGUCUUUGGUCCCUCAGUACCACUAAUGAUGAAUAUCACAGGGGAACCCAUGUUAAAUGAUGAUAAUCUUAUAGAACCCAUAUUGAACUAUGGUGUCAAAUGUAUGUCAAUGGGUUUGCUAGUAUCUGGAGAGAAUGCUGUAGUGUGGCGCGGUUUAAUGGUGAUGCAAGCUUUGGACAGGCUGACACGGCAUGUGGCGUGGGGUCCACUAGAUUGCCUCGUAGUUGACACGCCUCCCGGCACAGGGGAUACACAUUUAUCUCUUGCGCAGAAUCUCCCAAUAGAUGGAGCAUUAAUAGUGACGACUCCCCAGUCGGCGGCUCUACAAGUCACGAAAAGAGGUGUGAAUAUGUUUGAAAAGUUGAAAGUUCCCAUCAUCGGCAUGGUGGAGAACAUGUCUCAUGCAUUAUGUACAAAAUGUGGUACCGUCAAUUACGUUUUUGGCAAUGAAACAAAGAAAACCGCAGAGCAGAUGAGGUUAGAGAUAAUUGAAAGCUUUGAGGCUGAUCAGAAUAUGUCAGACUGUAUAAACAGUGGGAAACCAGCCAUAUAUGCCCUCCCAGACAGCAUACACGCAGAGAAGUACAGGCAGUUAGCGAAUAAAGUGUUCAAAUACAUAGAUGAUAAGGACAAAGAGCAGGUUAAAGCCACAGAGCAAUAGGACGCACAAAAUAUUUACAUAGUAUGCAGUUGUUAAAUUAUUUAUUAUUAAAUAUAUUUUACAAAUAUAUGUUAUAUAAAAAGAUGUUGUUUUGUCUUAUACAAUUAGAAAAUUAUGGCAUUUGAUAUUCUACUCCCAGGUACAGAUUUAAAGAAUAACUUUCUAAAAAUAUAUAAAUUUACUACUGACUGGUUACAGAAAUAAAACAUAAAUUAUUAUGUAAAAUUUAUUCAGAACAAAAUCGUGUUACUUAGGAAUGCAAAAAUUAUCUAUGGCCAAAUUAAUAUUAAAUAGAAAAAAUACUAUAAAAAUAUUUGUCUUCGAAAUACUUUGAUGUGUAAAGAUUAAAUUGGAUAUAAUAAAAAUAAAAAUUAACCUUCAAAUAAAAUUUGUGAUGAUAGCCUAAUUUCACUUAAGGCUACUGGAAUUAAUUUAUCUCUAUAUAUUUCAUAUCUAUGGUCAUAAAUCUCAUAACAUUCAGAGUCCAUACAGUUACAGUUGGUUUCGUCAAUAAGUACAAAAUAUAUAUUUACAUUGACAUCACAACAGGUAGAAAUAAUUCGGAAUGAAACAUUAAUUCCGUAAGGACCGAUUGGUGGCGGCCCUGCAACGCUCCAGACACUUUACUUUCUAUAGUCACAUUUUCAAUGGUCUUACACGUCACUAACUAUAUUAUUAUUUUUAUUUUUACAAAAACACGCUAUUUUAACAAUAUAUAAAGAUAGCUCUUGUCCAAUUUUGUUAAUUUCGCUGACCAUUAGCAUCAAAGAACUAAGGCAAGUGGUAAACAGGAAAUAAAUUUAUUCAAUUAACGUCCAAUGAAUUGAGAUUUUUAUGAGCACAGUGGUUGCUUUAAUAAUAGUGGUGCUGCCGUAAAUAUGUGAAGGUAAACUAAUUUUUUUCUCUAAGCUUCUAUAAACAAGGCUCAUUUUUAUUUUAAUUUGCAGCAGUAAUAAAAUAUCAAAUAGACAAACAUAUAUAUU